AUCACAGACAUUUUUGCAGACAAAUGGAAGGCUUCAGGCUUCUUUCUCUCCUGACCUCUUCUUUGUUUCUGCUUCUCUUUUGUGCUCUAAGAGCUUUUCUCUCUCUUUGGUGGAAACCAAAAGGGCUUGAGAAGAAGUUGAAGCAGCAAGGAAUCAGAGGCACUCCCUACAAACUGUUGAUUGGGGACACGAAAGAGUUUGUGAAGCAGAUAACUGAAGCAUGGUCCAAGCCAAUGAAUCUUAGCCACCAGAUUGUGCCUCGGGUGGAUCCCUUCACCUAUAACAUCAUGCAGAAAUAUGGGAAAAUAUCUCAAUCUUGGGCUGGUUCAAAGCCAAGGCUGACCAUCAUGGAUCCGGAGAUAGUGAAAGAAGUGCUGUCUAACAAACUAGGUCACUUUGGAAAGCCACCUUUGAGCCCUCUGAUAUUGAUUCUAGCAAGAGGGUUAACUACUCUUGAAGGUGAAAAGUGGGCUAUACAUAGGAGGAUAAUCAACCCUGCUUUCCACCUAGAGAAAUUAAAGGGGAUGAUACCAGUGUUUUCAAAUACUUGUGGCAGAAUGAUAGACCAAUGGAAGAAAACAUCUGGUCUUGAAGAAACUUUUGAACUUGAUAUCUGGCCUCAAUUUCAGAUUCUUGCUGGGGAUAUAAUAUCUCGAACAGCAUUCGGAAGCAACUAUGAAGAAGGAAAGAAGAUCCUUCAACUUCAAAAAGAGCUGCAAAUGCUAGUUGUUGAAGCCAUGCAAACCUUAUAUAUUCCAGGUUUCAGGUUUGUUCCAACAAAAAAGAACCAGAGAAGAAAGAAAUUGGACAAAAGGAUCAACUCAAUGCUCAGAACUUUGAUCGAGAGGAAGGAAAAUGCCAUGAGAACGGGACAAGCCAAGGAUGAUGACUUAUUAGGCUUGCUCCUGCAAUCUAAUACGCAAGACAAUUUUCAGGAAAAUGAAAGGAGCACAAACAGUUACAGGAUGACCAUGGAAGAGAUUAUGGAGGAGUGCAAGGUAUUCUUCCUCGCUGGGCACGAGACAACUGCAAGCUGGCUAACGUGGACGAUAAUUGUCUUAGCAAUGCACCCAAACUGGCAAGAAAAGGCUAGGGAAGAAGUUCUACAGAUCUGCGGGGAGAAGGAUCCUGAUUUUGAAGCUAUAAGCCACCUCAAAGUUGUAACCAUGAUACUUCAUGAAGUUCUAAGGUUGUAUCCGGCAGCAAUUGCCUUAUAUCAGCAUGCUUAUAAGGAAACCAAGAUAAGGGAUCUAUCCAUCCCAGCCGGGGUUGAUGUUACUCUGCCUAUAUUACUAAUCAAUCAUGAUCCUGAAAUUUGGGGGCAUGAUGCAGAAGAAUUUAAACCUGAAAGAUUUUCUGGAGGAAUUUCUAAGGCAUGUAAAGAUCAGCUAGCAUUCUUUCCAUUUGGAUGGGGGCCAAGGACCUGUAUCGGUCAAAAUUUUGCAGUGAUAGAAGCUAAGAUAGCUUUGGCUAUGAUUUUACAGCAUUUCUCAUUUGAGCUCUCCCCAUCCUACACUCAUGCGCCUCAUACUGUUAUGACUCUUCAACCACAGCAUGGAGCUCAGAUUAUCCUACACCAACUCAAAACAAUAAGCUAAGCCAGUCUGCAUGCAAACGCUUCAAAGAGAGUUUGAAAAUAAGGUGAUUUCAUGCCACAUAAUAAUAGUAGCUUUUGAGACAUGUUUCUAUAAGAGUGUUGUAAUCUUUCUGCAAUAAAAG